AUGGACGGCCUCCGCGACGCCUUUGCCCAUAUCUCGGCUCGCGCCGUGAAGGACUGGCCAGCAGGAUCAAAAGGCAACACCAGCGAAACCAUCAUCUCCAACGUCCCCUUCAAUCUCACCACCCUCAAGUACUUCAACUACACAUACUACAGCAACGAGACCAUCUCCAAUGGCUCAAAAUGUUACCUGACUUUCGAUCCAUACACUCCGGCCUAUGUCUUCCCGAACGGCUCAUGGACCAACGCUACCAAGUGUUAUACCGCAAUCGAAAAUAUCAAGACCCGAGGCUUUGUAGGCAUUGGCUUUGCCGUUGCUUUUGGAAUCGCUCUUGUUCUUAAUCUGACUGUCCUGGCCAAGCAUGGAAAAAUAUACACUCCUCGCGAUUCCCGCUUUUACCCUGUCGGUCGUCGGUGGCAAUGGUACUGGGCACUCUUCACUUCUGCUGCUGCUCUCAUCAGUCUCUUUGUUGGUGUCGACAUAGAUCGUUACUACCUCCAGGAACUACCCAUUACCGUCAAUGUCUUCUUCUGGUAUCUUUUGUGUACAGGUACUGUCGCCCUGACAUGGGAGGCCGUUCGCCAUUGGGGUUCCUGGCAAGAAAGGAAAUUCGUCGAUCCUGAUCCUUUCAUUGUGAAAGACAAUGAUCGCCGUGCCAAGGUCGAGUUUUGGUUGCCCCUGUGGUUCUAUCUGUGGCUUUGGCUGAACUUCUUUAUGGUUGUUCCUCGCAGUUGGAAGUUCACUCAGCUUCAGCACUCGGAGGAGCAGACACUGGCAAAGGCAGUCCCAGGAGCGACAAAUACUCGGUUCAAGGCCGGUGCUUUCUGCCUUGUUGUCGCAUGGCUCACUAUCGUCUUCUCUCUUUAUCACUCGAUUAAGCACUACAAGCCUCGCCACCGCGGUGUCUUCAACCGCGCUGUUGGCUUCAUCCGAUAUGUGCCUUUCCGUUUCUGGCUCAUCCUGCCCUUGUCAGCAGCAACCAUCGCAUAUCAGGGCUUUAUUUCAUGGGAGUUCAAGUAUUCCAUCGUCAAGUACAAUGGAAACAUUCCUGUGAUCUAUUGUUGGGGCUUCCUACCAUCCCUUCUGAUCCUCUUUACCCAGUACUUCUAUGGCUUUUUUACCCCCAACGAAGAUAAGGAGCUCGUCCGACUAAGACGUGAGCGCGGCGAGAUGCUCGACCGUGAACUCGGACUUGUCAACAAGCCUGCCUGGUGGAAACGUGUCAGGGGCGACCAUCUGCUCACCUUUAAGGACAAGCUCACCCGCAACGUCCACGAGAUUGGGGGUGGUCACGCCACUGGCCGACGUAUCGAGGGUGAUGCAGAGCGAGACCUACGUGAAGAAGCCUUGGCUGCUGCCAGGAAUGAUGAAGGCUUUGAGAUGGGCCACAUGCAUCGCCCUCUUGACGCUGCCAACAAUCCUCGAGUGGACCGUGCUGGUGCUGCUUCCAUCUCCUCCAACGCAUCACGGUUGUCAUAUGUCCAACCCUACACCGGUAAGAACGAUCGUCGUCGACUUGAGCGUAACGUGCAAGCCGCCGCCGGUAUUCUCUUCCCUAAUAACCUCGCUGAGGAGCGUGCCCGUCGUGAAGCUCAACUCGGCCUUGAUGGCCCCGCGCCCCCUCCCUACACAGAUGGCCAGGGUCGAGGUCGGGCUCCCGGGCGACCCGGAUCUACUGGUCGCAGCAACAGCACUGAGACUACCAACUCUAUUACAGCUCCUCCACAGCAAAUUAAAAGCAUGCUGGACGUCUAA